AUGUCCACUGGCACAGAGUCAACCUAUCCCGCUGUGUACGACCUGAUUGGUAUUGGGUUUGGUCCUUCGAACAUUGCGAUAUCCGGAGCCCUUGUCGAAAAAUGGACUGCACUAUCUAAUAGGGUUCUUUUCAUUGAGAAGCAUCCAUCAUUUCAAUGGCAUCCUGGAAUGCUUCUUCCAGGUGCCCAAAUGCAAAUUAGUUUUAUGAAAGACCUUGCGACGCUUCGCUCACCACAAUCGCCCCUUACUUUCGUCAAUUAUUUACAUAGCCAAGGACGUCUAUCUGCAUUCAUCAACCGAGGUUCUUUGACUCCUUCCAGGAAGGAGUUUGCUGAUUAUCUUGGAUGGGCUGCUCGCUAUGUCGAAGCCCAGGGCGUAAACGUGAACUAUGGCCAGGAGGUCGUAGCUAUCAAUGAAUCUAUGGACGGUUUGAUUACUGUGACGAGCAUAACUCUUGCCGAUGGAAAGCUAAACUCCUUUAUUACUCGUAAUCUCGUCGUCUCACCGGGCGGACGUGCGCGUAUUCCUAACGUGGUAGUGCCUUUCAUCAAAGAGCCGUCCAUUGUGGCGCGCUCAACUCUCCUGCACAGCUCAGAAUACAAGCAUCGCAUAGGCGAGCUGCUUGAGAGUAUAACAUCGGAGAGGCAGAGACCUCUAAGAAUCGCUGUCAUUGGAGGUGGACAGUCAGCUGCAGAGGUUACCAUGAACCUGCAUGGACUCCUCAAUGAUAUUCCUGCUGGCGAUGGUCCAAUUGGUCAUCAAGUUGACAUGCUUCUUCGUAAAGGUUCCUUGAAACCUAGCGAUGACACUCCAUUCUCCAAUGAAAUCUUCGAUCCCGAAGUCACGAACGACUGGUUUAGCACAAGCGAGCAAGGUCGUGAGCGUAUCAUGGCUGAGUACAAGGCCACCAAUUACUCAGUUGUCAAUCCUCGUACAAUCGAUGCUUUGUACGAGAUAAUCUACGAUCAAGAGGUGGACGAAGCCAUCGGAGCCCGAGACUCUACCGUGUUCACCCCCCACCCUCGUAUCACUAUUCGUUCGCACAUGCAUAUCCCUUCUCUAAAGUACGACACUGGCUCUAAAAAGUUUGUUUUCACGCUUCAAAAUGUACGAACUCGAGAGGUCUUCGAGAACGAAUCUUAUGACGCCGUCGUGUGUGCGACUGGAUACCAGCGCAACUCCUGGACAAAGAUGCUCCGCGCUUCGGAUCGUCUUGGAAAACGAUUUGGGAUCGACGAUUCUGCCAGUGAUAUUCCUAUUAAGCUGGUGCCGUUCGCGCAGCGGGUAGCCGACACUGCAAAUUUGGACCAACCUCAGGACUCCCCCCUCUCCAGUGUAUCUAGCACUCCGACUUCAGUUGUUACUACUCCUCCGAUCUCCCCUGGCGCGGAAAAUGUAGUCAAACAAGAAUCAUCUCCAACGGAGGUGGUGAAGCUUUAUAUUACCAGGAACUACCGUCUGCUUCCAAUGGCUUCUACCAAAACCAUGCAAGAUGGAUCGGCGGAGGGUUUGAAGGCCAGGAUUUAUAUCCAGGGCUUGGAGGAAAGUACUCACGGACUCAGCGACACAUUGUUGAGUGUGGUUAGCUGUCGUGCUGGCGAGGUUGUAGAUGAUCUCCUGAACAACGACUAA